AUUCCUCCUGUGACCAGCACAGAAACAUGUAUGCAGCUAUGGCGGUUUAAAUAGCCCGUUGCGUUUUUAAAAACGGCUGUUUUUUUCAAACCGCUGUUUUUUUUAAAAACGCUAUACUGGUGAAACACAAACGGUCGAUGUAGGUCAACAACUAACAGUCAAAAUGUCGUCUUUUCUUUUUUUACUUCCACAUUCUCUCAUUGCCACAAACAGAUGGCGUCGAGAGAGAGAGGAGGAGAGGAGGAGGGGGAUGGAGAGAAUGGGGGAAAGAAAGAGACGCAUAAAGGAGAAGGGGCUACAACACACUAGCCCGGGUCUGCCCAUCACUGAGCUAUACAGUAGAGUGUAUAUACAUACAGCAGCUUCUGGGAGGACGAGAUGUCUUCAGUAGGCCUGUCUUCAACAAAGUUUUUUGCUGUUAAGUUGACGGGGCCUUUUCUUUUUAAAGAUACAGCGCGAGUUUUGGUUUAUUUUUUAACCGGUGGAAGAUGCACUGCAGCAGAUAACCUGUAGCCCCUGUAGAGGAGAGACAGACAGGCAGGCAGGCCACCACCACCAGUUGUCUGAGUCCUCACCGGGCUGUCAGAGAUCACUGAUAGGACCACAGGUAUCCUCCACUGCUCUAAUGAGGGCACUGCAUCUGCUGUCAAAGGAUGGGAUGUGAAGUACUGAGGAGGCGAGCCGGCGCCUGGGUAGAUGUGAGCCCAAGGUAAUGGCCAGGCUGGUGGACAUAGGCACACAGACAGAUCCAGUAGUCGUGCUGUCCCUGGCCCAGGCUGCCGUGCUAGGUCUCAUCUCCCAGAAUGAAGUGUUUGGCGCUACCAUUGCACCCAACGGCUUCUACACCGGCGAACCCAAAGAGUCCCCUGCGCCGCCAGUAGAGGGAGUCGACUACGAGUACGCAGACCAGCUUAUCGGAGCCAACGGAGAUUACCUAGGAGAAAACUUGGGAGAAGACGGACAGAUGCAACCCAGCUGCAGUCAGAGGAGGUGGCAGCAGGGGCCCCCUCAACACCCGGACACGAAGAUGGUUGGCCCCGAUCGUCACAGCCUCCAAGGCGGUGACGUGUCCUCAUCCCACGUGAAAGGGGAAGUGGUGAACUCUGGGAUGUCCUCCUGUGUCCACAUGCUUAACAAUUUGGCUCCCAGAGGUGGUUUAGUCCAAGUGGAUCCGGCCGCCCUCAGAGCCGCCAACAAGAGCUGUACAGAGUGUGAGCGGGAAGCCACCAACGUGCCGCAAGCCAACACACACGUUCACCCUCCUCCCCCCCAGGUGGGCCACAGAGGAGGGGAGCAGAGCCACAGAGGACUGCAGGGCCAGCGCCCCAUGGGUGGCCACGGUCGAGGUGGCAGAGAGGACGAAGACGAGGUCGAACACCAGGGGAACAACAUGAUGAAGCCCACACAGCAGGAAGAAGCCAUCAGCAGCUACUUCCAGACCAGUGAGGUGGGCAGCUAUGAUUCGGCGGAGAUGAGCAUGGCGAGCGAGUACGAAGACAGCAGCCAGAACAUGAUGUGGACAGAUGGGAAUGCAGGAGCGCAGCAUCAGCAGCCCCCGCACCCCCAGCCUCCUCGCCGGCACGGCGGCCGCAGAGUGGACCGGCUAGAUAUCAACAUCCAGAUCGAUGAAUCGUACUGUGUCGAUGUGGGAGACGGUCUGAAACGCUGGAAAUGCCGCAUGUGUGACAAAUCGUACACCUCCAAGUACAACCUGGUCACGCACAUCCUGGGCCACAAUGGCAUCAAACCGCACGCAUGUCCACAUUGCGGGAAACUCUUCAAGCAGCCCAGUCACCUUCAGACCCACCUGCUGACCCACCAAGGCACGCGGCCCCACAAGUGCACCGUCUGCAAGAAGGGCUUCACCCAGACGAGCCACCUGAAGCGUCACAUGCUCCAACACACCGACGUCAAGCCCUACAGCUGCCGCUUCUGCCGCCGCGGUUUCGCGUACCCCAGCGAGCUGCGAGCCCACGAGGUGAAGCACGAGCGCGGACGCUGCCACGUCUGCUCGCAGUGCGGCAUGGAGUUCCCCACCUACGCGCACCUCAAACGCCACCAGACCAGCCACCAGGGCCCCCACACCUUCCAGUGCACCGAGUGCAACAAGUCGUUCGCCUACCGUAGCCAGCUGCAGAACCACCUCCUGAAGCACCAGAGCCCGAGGCCUUACACCUGCUCCCAGUGCGGCCUGGAAUUUGUGCAGCUCCACCACCUACGUCAGCACUCGCUCACUCAUAAGGGGAUGAAGGGCCACAAGUGUGACGUGUGUUCCCGGGAGUUCACCCUGUCUGCCAACCUGAAGAGGCACAUGCUCAUCCACAACAGCGUCAGACCCUUCCAGUGUCACGUCUGCUUCAAGAGCUUCAUCCAGAAACAGACCCUCAAGACCCACAUGAUCGUCCACCUGCCUGUGAAGCCAUUCAAGUGCAAGGUAUGUGGCAAGUCUUUCAACAGAAUGUACAACCUGCUGGGCCACAUGCAUCUCCAUGCUGGCAGUAAGCCCUUCAAGUGUCCUUACUGCACCAGCAAGUUCAACCUGAAGGGAAACCUCAGCAGGCACAUGAAGGUCAAACACGGAAUGGAUGUUUCACCUGAAGGACAAGAAGUUCUCCCAGAAAUGGAUAGCCAGGGCGAGUAUGAAGGACAGAACUUCAGCUUUACAUCACAAGACAAUAUGGACAAUGGUGGCUCCCAGAACCUCACUAAACUCACCACAGCAAACAUGGACGACAUGGAGGAGUAUUACAAUUUUGGGAAGGAUACGAGCAGCUACACCACACCUUGAGUGGUGGUGAUGAACCGGAGAACAUGUUUUGGUUUUUUUUUUGGAGACAGAAGGAAAUUACAGAAUUGUUGUCAAGGAUUUGGGAGACACUAGGGGACGGGGUUUUCUUUUAGUUUUGGCCUCCUUCCAGAAGAGCCAGAACUGCCGGCCUCUGAUGGGAGGCCAAUGAAGGAGACGCACUUCAAAGGAGACGUUUCAGCUCUGAGACACUGAAACUGUUGACGCCGGUCUGGAGCUCCUUUUUUGGGAUUACUAGGCUUACAAAGACUCUCACUGGCGGACAGUCAAAUCUGUAUGUUGUGUGUAUGUAUCAGUUAUUUGGAGAAAAAAACAACAAAAGACAAGAAAAAAAGUUGCAGAGCCAUCAGAUACAUUUGAUGUGAUAGAAAUCUGUUUACCAUUUUGCCAUUUUUGUCAUUCACAACCAAUGUAUGCCCUUAUAUUUUUGACUGAAAGUGCCAGCUAGAAACAUUUGCAACUAAGCUUCCACCAUGUCAGCUAUUUACUCACUGUAUAUCGAACUUUUGAUACAUAGUCACACGACAUAUUCAUAGGUUUGAAUGCUCUUAUAAACAGUUCCUAAUUGUAGUUACCCAUCCCUGCCCAGUUUAAACAGGCCGCUCUUUCAAUGCCUGUGUGCAUUUUUCCACAGGACAUCGUUUUUUCUUGUCGGGGCACUUACUACCAAAGUUGCUACUGUCCCAUGUCGCCUGAUACCAGAAAAUGUUGCCGACAUGUAAAGCCCCGCCACUGUACAAAUGAUUCUGCAACAUGCAGUGUGUUUACCCGCCGUUUUUGUCUCACAUGGUUUAGCUUUACAUCAAUAAUCUAUCCUGUGUAGUGAAUAUACCGCUCAAAGUUUUUGAAUUACUGAGCGAACAAUACGAAGCACUUUUUCAGUGAGACCAGUCAUUUUUCUGUGAAGGCCGUCUUCAGUAAGAGUGAACUCGUUUGCCUCGAGGAGAAAAACUGGGGGAAAUAAGAUGGUAGAAUCUUCCAAACCCCCGUAACGGCAAUAUUAUUAAACACAGAUAUGCUUUCUCAGUAGGUUUUUUUUGUAAACUGCAGUUUCCUUAAUAUGGAUAUUUCACAGUUGUCAGUUUAAAUGCAAGUUGAAGAAUGAGCAGUUUGUUUGGAGAAUCAGCAGUUCGGGUUUUUUGUUGUUUGUAGUUUCAGCACUCCUAAAUCCAGGGCUGCUUUCACUUCACUUUCAAUUAAUUCAGAAAUAUAUUUCCCCACUCAAUGGGGAAACAAAAAAAUCCAAUCUGUCAAAUCAAAGAAAGAAGAAGAAGGUUACAUUUUGUAUGAUUGAAUUGAAAGUGGACUGACACUAGUCCUGUUAUUCAUAAUUCUGUUUUGGGGAAGACAGUCAGCUCCCCCUGUCCUGCCAUGCAGGUCAGCCUUGAUAUGCACACUAAACCAGAGGAACGGUCUACUCUUUUCUCUUUGAGAUGAGGAAUAUCAAACUGAGACCUCAUGGAAAUUGACCAUGAAUUAUUUAAUAAAGGUUCUCUAGUUUAAA